UUAUUUUGAAGGUACAGUGUUUCCGCUCUUGUUUUGAAGGAACAGUGUUUCUUCGGUUAAAUAUAUAUAUAUAUUUGUAUAUAAAGUAAAGCAAGAUGAACGCCCCUCCCGCCUUCGAGUCGUUCCUGUUGUUUGAGGGAGAAAAGAAGAUCAGCAUCAGCAAAGACACGAAGGUCCCGAACGCCUGUCUGUUUACUCUGAACAAAGAGGACCACACGCUGGGGAACAUCAUCCGAGCUCAGCUGUUGAAGGAUCCUCAGGUCCUGUUCGCUGGUUAUAAAGUUCCUCACCCUCUGGAACACAAGAUCGUCAUCAGAGUGCAGACCACACCUGACUACAGCCCACAGGAAGCGUUCACGAAUGCCAUCACGGAUCUGAUCUCUGAGCUGUCGCUGCUGGAGGAGCGCUUCAGGGUCUCCAUCAAGGACAAACAGGAAGGCAUCGAGUGAAGCCCCGCCCCCACCAUGUCACUUCCCCUUUUAGAUGUGUUUAUUUUUGUAAAUAAAAAUGUGUGAUUUCACAA